ACACACACACACACACACACACACACACACACAGACAGAACAGCGUCUUAAUAGAAUGUGCGGAAUCAUCGUCAAGUCGCGUCGGCAAUAAAAAGAGACACAAAUACAUUUCGAUGAGCGCGGAAGAGGCGCAAAGGCGUCACGGGCGGCCACACGGGGGGCCACACGGGGGCGCUCCCAGCGCCGCCCAACGACGGUGCGGGGGGCCCCGCGGGGGGGCGGCGGCGGCGGCGGCGGACCCCGCUCCCACGGACACGCCCACCCGCAGGCCGGUAUGUCGGAGGAGCGCCGAGGCGAGGAGGCGACGCUACAGCGGUUCUGCGGGACAGAAAUGCAAAUGGAGCGAAAGGGACAGAAAAAGGGACGUUUGUCCACUAAAGCGCAGAUCAUUGUGCGACGCCGCGGAGUCAUGGAGACGCGCAGGAGCGGCGACUGAGUGAGCGGAGACCCGCAGCAACUGCGGCGAUGUUGCAGGCAUCCGCCGUCAUCGUGUGGGAGUGGCUCAACGAGCACGGCCGCUGGAGACCCUACAGCGCUGCCGUGUCGCACCAUAUCGAGGCGGCGAUUCGCAGUGACCCCCGCGGGGGCAGCAUUGUCCUCGGACAGGUGGACAGCCGCCUCUCGCCAUACAUCAUUGACCUGCACUCCAUGCAUCAGUUCCGUCAGGACACAGGAACCCUGCGUCCCGUGCGUCGCAGUUAUUAUGAGGCGACGUCAGCGCCGGGCCGGGGCUGGGUGUGGGAGUGGGAGAACGAUGCCGGCUCCUGGACACCCUAUGACUCGGAGGUGGGCGUGGCCAUCCAGGCAGCACGUGACCGCCAGCAGCCGUGGCUCGACUUGGCACCGCUCGGCUUCUGCUACCUCAUCGACUUCCAGACCAUGACACAGAUCAACAGGCAGACACAGCGGCGCCGCCGCAUCCAGAGGCGCUUGGACCUGGCAUACCCGCUGGUGGCAGGGACGCUGCCCAAGGCCUGGGCGGCGGGACCCCUUGGGUCCGUGGGAAUCGGCGGGAGCGGCGUGGGGGCGUACCCCGGUGGGACGCUGUCCGUACCUUCCCUGAGUGCCCUGGGCCAGCCCUGCACGUGCCCGCAAUGCAUGCUGGUCCUGAGCGUGAAGACCGGUGCCAUGGCGCACACGCUGGGCCGUAGGCCCCCGCAUAUGAAGCCUCCAAGCCCCAAAGGAGCCCCUGGGGGCCGUGCUGUGACAGUGGCCACAUCUGGCUCCUAUUCGCACACAUUACCGCACCCGUUGUCUGCUUCUCACUCCCUAUCGCAACACAAGGUCCCCACUGCCUUUGGCCACUCCCUUUCGCUGCUGGGCGGGGCCUCAGCCCGUGCCCCGCCCCCAUUGCCCCCAUUGCCACCACCCCCUCUGCCGCCAUCCCACCAGCACCAACCGCCCAGCACCUCUGUCCCGCCCAUGUCUGGCUCCUCCUCCUUCUCCGCCACCGCCUCAGCCCCAGUGGCACCCACGACUGCCCUCGAGUCCUCGGCGACCAUGCCCAAUUUGUCCUCGUCGCCGGCUGCUCCUGGCCCCGCCCCUCGUCCCCCAGGCUCGGCCGCUGCCUGCGCGCCCCCCCUGCCAUCACGUGCCAGCUUGGCAGGGCUCAGCCGUCCUGCUCUGCAGCGCAUCGCCAUGGCACAGUCCCGCGCCCUCAUCGCCUCCGGAGUCCCCACUGUCCCUGUGAAGAACCUGAAUGGCUCAAGCCCGGUCCAUCCAGCCCUGGCAGGUAUUACAGGCAUUCUGAUGAGCGCCGCAGGCCUCCCCGUCUGUCUGACCCGCCCCCCCAAGCUGGUGCUGCACCCGCCGCCCGUCAGCAAGAGCGACAUCAAACCCAUUCCAGGUCUGGGACACUGCUGCCGCAAAAUCAGUAAGAAGCAGAUCCGCAAAGGUAAGAGUCCGGAGGAGGUGGUGAAGAAGUACCUGCAGAAGGUCCGCAGCCCACCUGAGGAGGACUGCACCAUCUGCAUGGAGACAUUGGGGGGCCCCUCAGGGUACAAGGGCCCCGGCGUGGCUGGUGUGGCGCGGGCGGAGUCAGUUGGCCGGCUGAGCCGGUGCGGUCACCAGUACCACUUACAGUGCCUGGUCGCCAUGUACAACAACGGCAACCGCGAUGGCAGCCUGCAAUGCCCCACCUGCAAGACCAUCUACGGUGUGAAGACGGGCAACCAGCCACCCGGCAAGAUGGAGUACCACGUGAUCCCGCACUCGCUGCCCGGGCACCCCGACUGCCGCACUAUCCGCAUCAUCUACACCAUCCCACCCGGCAUCCAGGGCCCCGAGCACCCGAACCCCGGUAAACCCUUCACUGCGAGAGGCUUCCCCAGACACUGCUACCUCCCAGACAGCGAGAAGGGGCGCAAGGUGCUGCGGCUGCUGCUGGUGGCCUGGGACCGCAGGCUGCUCUUCUCCGUGGGCACGUCGAGCACUACGGGCGAGUCGGACACGGUCAUCUGGAAUGAGGUGCACCACAAGACCGAGUUUGGUUCCAACCUGACAGGCCACGGCUACCCGGACCCGGGACACCUGGACAAUGUGCUGGAGGAGCUGCGUGCGCAGGGCAUCACUGAGGAGGACAGUAUUGACCAGGACUGAGGGAGGAUGCAGCGCCCUCUUGCAGGAGAGCGAAGAACCCCAUCCAACUGUAUAUGUGGAGAGGGGCGGAGCCUGAGGGCCACUGUGCUUGGAUUUGUAGGAAAGUAGUGGGCAGUAAGAGUAGAAUAAAUUUGCGUCGUCAGUCACAUGCCGUGCCUGCAGUGCCAGUGGGGUAUGGGUGGUUUGGUGGAUGUCAACGCCACCAUCAUUAACACUUGAGAACACUCUGUUGAGAGACGCCGGUCAGGCGGGGGUUCGAGAAGUAAUUGUAAUACCAUGGAGAUAGGCUGAAAUAGUCAGGUAUAUAGAGUAAAACAAGUGUUAACUUGUCUGUCUAGGAUCUUAGAGCUGAGCCAGAGGAAAAAGAAUGUGACUGAGAUCAACAACACUUAGCCUGAGCCCACGACUGAAUGUGUGUAUAGCGCCAUCUAGUGGCACUUUCCUUUCCUUCGCCGUUACUUUCAGUAUAAAACCUGAAGUUAAUUAAUUUAAAACUGCUUUGUAAUUUAUUGUGAUGCUGCAUAUUUGAUAGUUUUCUACUCUAUAUAAUCCAUUUAUCAUUUUGCACGAUAGAAUGUAUCUUAUUUGUGUUCUUUUUAAGACUUUCUAGUGGCUGAGAUGGCUCGCGGCUGGUGGGGGGCCGGCGGGGGGGGAGUACUGUCCGCGAUGUCCGCUGCACUGUUGUGUCCGGGGUUUCACAGCUCUGGGACACCGAUCCUUAGAAUUUCUCCGGCUCGAGAAAUGAGAGCUGGGAUUGGACAUGUUUAUAAAUGUUUAAUUUGAACAAACAAAACAUACUUGUGGUUAAAGCACCCUUUGUGUUGUGUUUUUAAGGUGAGUUACUGUCUUGGUGUAAAAUAAAAAUGGCUGCAGUUUGGAUUUUUGCAGCUGGGACGCUUGUAACGCUGAGCUGUAAUGACCGCAUGGUUUCAUCUCUGGGUCCCGGUGAUGCGGUGGUUUUGUUUUCUUACACUUUAGUCUUUCUUCGGGUCCCAAGUCGAGACCGCAGUGUGGUCGUACCGUGGUCCUUGGCUUGGUCUUCCGCCCCCUUGGCCUGCCUGUCUACUUUCCAUGUUGGGUCAGUGGAUGUGGAUGACCUCUACAUGAAUGUCUACUGUUAGCUGUGUGUGUGUGUGUGUGUGUGUGUGUGUGUGUGUGUGUGUGUGUGUUCUGUAACUUUCCUAACAAUUUUAUGUCUCAAUACUUUUCUUGAGUUGAAGUUGCCGUUUUGAUUUCAACCUCGUUUAAUGAUCAUGUCCUGAUGAUAUCCUGGGUGCUGUUCCAUAACCUCCUCUGUUGGUUGAACUACUUCUUUGGGACUUGUUGUCCGUUUAAUACGUAGUGUGUAAUUCUCUGAUCGGUAUGUGUCUUUAGUCUUUCCUCAAGGUCGAAAGGGGCCAAAGCGAGAAGGUUUCAAAAAAGCAAAUGCAGACGUAUUAAUUAACCAGUAAGGAAUAAACGGGAUAUGAACAGCUUGUGUUCUGAACCCAAUGAAAAUGCUGCUGUUUGUUUGUAUUUAUUUAAAACACACUGAUAUGGUGAGAAACAGCCACCUGUCACCGAGUGGAGCAUCACACAAGGUGUCCUCC